CCAAGAACGAAAGGCCAGGCGAUCGAGCUGAGCGUCCUCUCGUGGCGCGGCGACCAAGGUACCUUCAUCCUGCCUUCGACCUUUAGUGAACCAGCCAGCAAACAUGUCUAGUGAAGAAGAAGCAACAGCAGCUAACGUGCUGUCCCAAAUGUCCCAAAUCCAACAGAUAAGUGCCUGCGAAACCAUUGAUGCUACAGUAGUUGUUGGACAUCAUUGUGAUGUAGAAACCACUUCUACACAAGAAAAUCAGGAAACCACAACAGUAGAAGUAUCUCCUGAAGUACUCCAACAAGUCCAGGCAGCAUUCCAGCAAGAAUUGCCACAGCUUGCUGCAACAGUAGGCUACACUGCUAUGAGUAAAGCUGAUGAUGUAACUCAUGCCGUGAUUCACGACCACCAUGUACAGGUCUUAAAUGAUGGCAUACAGUGCACCACAUGCACAAAACCAGGUGAUCGUCCAUACAAGUGUGAUACAUGUAGUAAAGAGUUCAACUACCUAACAACAUACAAACGUCACCUUAAUAUUCACAAAGGAGAGAAACCUUACGCCUGCACACAAUGUGAGAAGCGGUUUACCCGUCAAAACUACCUGACAAACCACAUGAACACACACGCGAAGAUCAACAAUCAAGAAUGUCAAACUGAUGGAGCAAUCGAUGCCGAUGACGACACUGACGAGCAAUCUCCUUCAGAAAAUAUUUCAAAGGUGUCAUUGGUCCGCGUUAAUACAGACGGGAAAACUGGACAACUCAAAAUAGAGGAUUCCAGCAAGCAAACAGCACCUAAAUCUACCGACACGUCCCUAUUACAACAAGUCACACAAGCUUUGGGAGAAAUUAUUCCUCAAAAUGUCAGCGCUGAGCUGUCAGACACCACAGGYGGCUCCCAUAUCGUGGUACAGGGUCAGACUGGUGGAGAGUUUAAGGUAACCCUGGCCCAACAGCUACUUAUAGCUCAGCAUAUACUGAAUCAAGCUCAGCGGUCUGGCAGUCAUGGUGAUGAUGAUUCCAGUUCAGUCACUACUGUUUCGUUACCCGAGAUCACCCCAGAACUUGCCGAGCAAAUCGUCAACCAAGUUGCUUUACAACACGUCGAGUCAAACACCGGCACCAAUGAGAAUGUGUUGUCGCAAGAUGACGUCCAAGUUAUUGAGGUAUCAAACGAUCCUACGUCAACCACGGACGAACAAGGACUGGGACGGCUUAUAACACAGGAACAAAUCACUGAUCAAGUCGCAAUACAAAGCAACCAAUCAGAGAUCGUAAUGGAGGAAAGUGAUGUUGUCAUAACAACUGUCAGUGGAUCARCACAAGACAGUGCGGUAUAUGUAGCUGUCGACCCAUCUCAGCCUGAUGUACAGCAACUAUUGGGAGAGAUCCAAGUUAUCCAGACAUCAAAAUAAACAGACUCACUGAUAUAGUGGAGGCGAAGGGAACUUGUAAGAACUAUGUAGACUUACAGUACCUUGUAUUGUACAUAUUCUAAAAACGACUACAAUUCCAGCGAAAAAUCAUCGUACUCGUGACGUCACUUCACAUGUGACUCAUAC